AUGUCUCACUUCUCACCAUUUUUCCCUUCAUUUAGCAGCUUUGAAGAAUGCUGUUUCAAGAGUCUCAAGGCAGACCUCUCCGAUUCGGAGUCACCGCCGCCUGUGGUGCUGGAUUCCUCCUUUUUGGUUAUGACUAGGGAGUCUUCGGUGACCUUCGGGUACCCCGAUGCCACAAUCCAGGGCCAGAUCGUGGCUACUUAUGAUAUUGGCUGCAUUAUUGGCACCUUGGUGUCCAUGUUCUUUGGUGAUAGACUAGGGCGCAGACGAUGCAUCCUUACCGGGUGUUGUAUCCUAAUUGUGGGAGCCGUGUUGCAAACUGCUUCUUACUCCCUGGCGCAGAUGAUUGUUGGCCGUGUGGUGGCAGGUGUAGGGAAUGGCAUGAACACAGUUGCCAUCCCCGUCUGGCAAUCGAAAACCGCACGAGCAGAUAACCGUGGAAAGCUCAUCGUCACUCAGCUGGUGACGAAUAUAUUUGUGGAUGAACUAUGGUUUCCCUUCAUUCCGCACUCCAGUGUGAGCUGGCGGUUUCCCCUUGCCUUCCAAUGCUUCUUUGCAAUCGUCACAAUCGCCCUGGUCCUCGUCACACCGGAGUCUCCUCGCUGGCUGGUAAUGAGAGGUCGUGUCAGCGAAGCGCGUAGUAUCCUCUCACGACUCCUGGCCAAACCGGAGUACGACCCUACAGUGGUCGACGGGAUUCAGAACCUGGUUGCCACUGUCCACCACGAGUCAGAAGUGCAGCAAUCCAGUAUCCUCAAAGAAAUCUUCGCCAGCAACAACAAGCAACAAACGUUCCGCCGGAUGCUACUCGGAGCAGAGACAGCCUUCUUCCAACAAUUGGGAGGAACGAACGUGAUUGCGUAUUACUUACCCGUUGUAUUAACGCGAAGCGUUGGGCUCAGCAACCGUAUGGCCUUGAUCCUGUCGGCGGUCGACUCAAUGUUGUUGAUGUUCUGGGGCUCGCUCGCCAGUUUGGUCAUCGACCGCAUGGGCCGAAAACGCCUAAUGCUGAUGGGAGUUACUGGAAGCGGUAUCUGCUUCGCACUAGUCGCUGUUGGACUGCGCUAUGGCGGAGAAAACAACAAAGGCAUGUCAAUCCUGGCCGUCGUGUUUAUUUUCAUGUACUACGUUUUCUACGACCUGUCACUCCUCUCGAUCCCAUACAUGUACCCGGCGGAAAUCAACUCGCAGAAGAUGCGGAACAUCGGUACCUCGUUUGCCACGACAGUGAACUGGGUCUUUGUGUACCUGGUGGUCGUGGUCACGCCCACAGCCAUCGAAAGCAUCCACUGGAAGUAUUAUAUGCUCUUUGCCAUUUUCAACGUCUGCUUUGCCCCGAUUAUCUGGCGGUUUUAUGUUGAGACUGCUAAUCUCUCCUUGGAACAGGUUGACCGUCUGUUUGAGGCUAAGUACGAGGCUGGGAAGGAUAUGACCUGGUCCGAAGCAACAAGGAUUGCCCGUACAGAGACACCGGUUGGGCUUGGAGACGCAAAAGCUGCCGAGACUGAAUAUUGUGAGAAUGUGGCUUGA